AUGGGCAAGUCAGAAGGGAGGAUGCACGUCUUCCUGUUGUUUACAGUCACUCUGCUUCGAGUUUGUCAAGGAGUUAAUGACUACGAAAUGGACUUCCCCUGUGCGGACUCAACAUGGACAUAUGUGCCGAGGAGCGGAAAGUGCUACAGGUUGUUUUCCGACACCACGCGAUACAAGCAGAAGGAGGCGCAUGACAACUGCCGAUCCCUGCUGCAAAACUAUCCCACUGUCAGUGUCACGAUUGCCGAAGUUCGUGACUCAGACGAUUUGGAGGCUUUGAAACACGUGUUGGUCCAAAAUUCCCUCAAGGAGAGGGUAUUGCUGAACGCUCGGCGAGACAGUGAGUACUAUGUCCCAUCGGGUACAUUAGAAAACAAUGGACUUGAUGCAACCACAAUUUGCAAUCUCUUCGGGCCAAAUGACAGUCCACCUCAGCAGAAGCACGAAAGGAAUGCUACACUGGAAAGCGAUAAUGCAGUGGUCAAUCUGGACUUCGUGUCGUGGUCGGGAGGAGUGGGCAAUGGGGACUGUCUGGCCGCCUUCUACACCACCGAACGUGUCGGAUCACAGUGGCAAACUGUGGCUGUUGUGGAGGAAGAUGGGUGCGAUGAUGGUCACGCUGUCAUUUGUGAGCACAGGGUGAAGGACUGUGAAAAUCCACCUGGUGGUUUUAAUCCCAACACAAUGCAAUUUAGUCCUACAAAACCACACCCAGGCACGACCACAACAGUAGUCUGCAUGCCCGGGUUCUAUCCUCGACCAGCCAAGAAUUCGUCAGAAGCAGUGCACUCGAAAGUUGACGAUAAGCUAUCACCCGCACAGUUCACAUGUGUUGGAGAACGGGCGAAUCCGGGUGUCGCCGACCCCUCACAAUACCAAGUCCACUUCAGCUACAACGGUUUACCCCUCAAUGAAUGUGACGAAAUGUCAUGUAAACUGGAUCCAACCUCUCUGUGUCACGUGGCAAAUGGGACGAUCAAGCCACCUGACAGAGUCCGUUUUAAGUACGGUGAAAACGUGACUGUUAAAUGCAACGCGGGUUAUGUCUACUCACUGGAUCCAACACAGGAGACGGCGAGCAUGCAGUGUCUCUCAGUGUCAAGCAACAGCCAUCAGGGUGUCUGGUAUCCUGAUCCGUGUCAUGCGUGCAGUGCCAUUCGUUGCAACGAGACGGAGAUGAAUGCCAUGCUACCGGAAUAUGCUUCACUGUCCAGUGCUCGAAGCCGACUAACUGAGGAGGAGUUCGGUCCUCUACAGGUGAAUCAGUUCAGUCAGUUUGGCAAUGUGGUCACCUACAGAUGCUACGAUUCCUACUUCUACCCAGAUCGCAGUUUCGAGAAGUACGUCGAGUGUGACCUCAAGGCGGGAGAGAGCAAUGUGGGCGAAUGGAAGGGAUACAGUGGAACACUUCUACCUCUACCUUCGUCCUGCCAACCGGUCACAUGCAUGUACGAGGAUGUGUUGGUGAAAGGGGACUACAACAUACAGGCCAACUUCACGAUUACAUUCGAGAAUGGCACCAAGGAGACACGCAGCAAACUGAAGCCAGUGUUCUACCCCUAUAUGACAACGAUUCGGUACGUAUGCCAGGAGGGCUACGAGACGGUAACCAAGACGCCGGAUCAGAAUAUCACUUGUGGUCCGGUUGGGCGCUGGACACCGCAGAUUUACGGCUGCAUAACGGUGGCCGAAAGCUUGACCACAAGUUCCGCAGGUCGCUAUGUUCCACCACCAAUAGAGGCCCCCUCGGCUGACCAACUGGGUGCUGUCGUCAUUGGCAUCAUCGUCAUCUUCUUCGUGUCUCUGGUGCUGCUCGAUCUGGCCACUCUGCAUCGUGACAUUGGCUGGUUCUUCAAUAACGUUCGACUGCAGAAGAGACUGUGGCUAGCCAAGAGACGUCUGCGAAAGGCGAAAAGUGAGGCCAAAGCCAAGCAGUAG